GCCUGGCCCAGCUGCAGGCCCAGCGCCGCUGAUCGUAUCUCGCCGCCGCUCAGUUUCCGCCCCGGCCGGCCGGCGGACCCGCUCGGCGGUCUCUGUCUCAGUUGGACAGUGUCUCUGUGUGCACCCCCGGGUUCCUCAGUCGGACAGUGUCUCUGUGUGCAGCGCCGGGUUCCUCAGUCGGACAGUGUCUCUGUGUGCAGCGCCGGGUUCCUCAGUCGGACAGUGUUUCUGUGUGCAGCCCCGGGGUCUGUGACGCCGGCCCGUCCCGUGCUCAGCCCGGCCGGCCGCGUGUGUCGCAGUGUUACGCACGCUUCCUGUCGCGGUUCCGUCCGGCGCGUGGCGAGCUCUGUAUCGGCAGCUGUGUGACUGCAGCGCGCCGGUAUCGGCCUGCGGCGGCUAACGCGGCGCUGCUCGGACCGGAAAGGGAGCCGGGACCGCGCGGCGCCCGGGCGACUGUCCGGGGGUCGGACGGAGUCGGCGGUGACUGUGCGUGUGAAUCAGCGUCAAUCCGUGUGGGGACGACUCAGAGUGGAGCUACGCAGUGGGCUGAGACCGAGUGGAGCACCGGCCGGUGGUGGAGGUCGUGCCGGCUGUCGGAGCCUCAGUGGAAGUCAGGCGUGUGACACGGGGUCUACGAGCGAUGCAGUGCUGCAGCGUUGGACCCGCCGUGCUGCUAACCCUGCUCCUGGUCGGGGACGUCGUCACCAGUGCCGCCGUCUGGAAGCACUCGUGCGAGCGGCCGAACAUCACCAACGGCAGAGUGGUGACGGUGAGGACGCCGCGCAAGUCGGCAACGGGACACAUGUUCAAGUACAGGUGCCGCAGGGGCUACCGCCGGCUCGGCAACAUGUACAACAUCUGCCUGCGCGGCCGCUGGGUCCUCGAGCACCCCUUCUGCGCACGACGGGGCUGUGCGGCGCUGGCGUCGCCGGCCGGCGGCUCGGCUCGCCAGUCUGUCCAGGGUGACGUCACCACGUUCCAGUGUGAGCCGGGGUACCGGCUGACCGGGGACGCCUCCCUGCACUGCAACGGCCGACAGUGGAACGGCACCGCGCCCGCCUGUGAGGUGUUUGCGCCGCCAGGGCCCGGUUCUCUCGUGUGGACGCCGGCCGCGGACGGCGGCGGGGGGGCGGAGCGACUCUUCUCGGCUCGACUUCCGGCGGCGGCUGCCACUUCCGGCUGUGUCCGCUUCUGGCACCGGCCGCGCCGCCGCCGCCAUCCGCUCUAUUCGGACGCGGUUCGGGUGUUUGCGCUGAAGGCCGACAGCUCGGCGCCGUCGGGUCACCUGCGGGCCGCGCUGCGGGGCACGGAUGGGGUCACCAGCGGAGACUGGACGGAGACGGUCGUACCGCUGCCCACCGUCGACGAACCAAUAGAGAUUGUAAUCGAAGCGGGCCGCUCGGCCGGCCGAGGCGCCGCUGUCGAGCUCAGGGACGUCGCAUUGAUGCAUGAAGACGAAUGUGACGCGGUGGCGACGCCGUCGGAAGGCCAGGCCAGAGGUACACCCACACCUGACCUAGAGGAUGAGGACCCGCCAGCUUCUUGGCCCGGACCACUGGACUCGUCUAGCCAGGACGAGGCACCUCCGCUCCCGGCGGAGGUGUCUCGUGCAGGACCUCACUCCCCGCCGCAGAACACUCUGACUCCCGACCCGGCCCCCUCUGUGCCGGCCGCUCGGAGGCCGGUCGGGCUCACACCCCGCCGGCGGCGGCCGGGCGGCGUCACACACCGGCGGCGGCUGUCGAUAUCUCCGCGGCGCGGCGCCGUCACUCGGGUCCGCCGUCCCGGAGACACCGCGAGCCGCACCGAGAGCCCGUCCGUGGUGGCUCGUCCGCCUGCAAUAUCAUCAGCGGCCGGGGGCGCGCAUGGCGCCGGAUCCGCGGCGUUUCCGGCGCGCCGGAGACGACCGCUGCCGCGUGGGAGAGGAGUGGAGAGCGGACUGACGUCCCCCGCGGGAGGUGACGAGAUUUCAGCGACGCCGCACGCGGUGGGUGGUCCGGUGGAGGGUGCUGAGAGAGGUGGUGAUAGUCGUGUGGGUCAGGCCGGGGAUCAGGAUGGUGGUGGUGGCGAUGUUGCGUCAGUGUUACCCGAUAGUCGGGCGGAAGGUGCCACUGAUGAGGGUGAACCCGUGGAUUAUGGCGAUACCGGCUGUAAUAACGGUAAUGGAUGCAGGAAGAGUGGAGGUGACUUUGAAGGGGAUGUAUUUGGAUCUAAUGGAGCCUCACCGGCUGAAGGCGAUGCAUUGGUAGAAACGGACUCAGAAGAGGAGAUAGAAGAAGAGGACAGCGAUCUUUUGAUGCUUGAGGAAGAAAUGCAAUCGAUCUCGACAACUAUGGAUGCAAAUAAAGUACUUGACCGUACGUUAGAAGAUUCCGAUACAACCCCAAUCAUCUUUCCAUCGGAAGACCCACGGUCGGAGGGAAAUUCGGGGCACAAGAACUGGCUCGGUGAUCUCCCAACGUUUUUGGUUCCUCCGAAAAUAAACCCGAUCAAUACAAUAAACCGUAACGACCAUCCAACGUCGACCGCAUCUCCAGAUUUUACCGAGAAACGCGACGAAACCAUCACUAUAACCCUCGAACAAAUGACAGUCACCGAAAACAUCAACACCUCCAGUGAGAACAACGAUCAACCAUUCGACCCCGACCGGAACAAAUCCAGCGCCAUCCUCCUCGGGACGCCAGCGGGUCGAGAGGACGAGGGGCGGGGGCUCGCCGCCGGUGCCGACCUGCCGUUCUACAUCGUGGUCGCGCUGGCGGCCGGCGGCUGUCUGCUGAUCCUGGUCACGGUCUCGACGGUGGCCGUGAGUCGACGGCGACGGGCGGCGGCGCCCGCGCCGGCGGCGGGGUCCGUGUUCGAGCCGGAGCCGGGCGACAGGGGGCCGAUCGCCGAGCUGAUGCGUCAGAACCGGCUGGACCACCAGGCGGUCGUGCCGGCGCCGGUCAGCCUGUGACCGGAGACCAGUGGUCUGAUCAGUCUGUGGCCAAAGACCAGUGGUUUUAUCGGUAUGUGACCAAAGACGACUGGUCCAGUCUGUUACCAAAGACAAAUGCCGUACCGGGGGCUCGGCAACAGUGAUAAACACGUAGAUCUGUACAGCGAGUGUGGCGUGCGCAUGCGGCGAGAUAUUAUGGCAUGUGCGUGUCUGCGUGCGUGUGCGUGGUGUGUGUCGCAUGUGUUCCAGAAUCCAGAUAGCGACAUUCUGUCAGAGACCUGUUGAGAUAUAACAGAGUGCGAACUUUUUUGGUGUAAAAGGUGUUAGUUUUUUUACAAAGUGUAUGCAUAGCCCAUAAUCACUUUACAAUAAAUGCAGCAGUGCCAGCA